AUGGAAAAUGAGUUUGAUGAUCAAGAACGGUUCUGUGAGACUCCUAAGCUUCCUCUAUUCUCGAUUCCAUUAAACAGAGCAUAUGAGACUCCUGGCCUAGCGACGCCGCCUGUGAACAUCGCCGGAUCAGUCCCAUUUCUUUGGGAAGAAGCUCCAGGAAAGCCUCGCGUUUCCGAUGAAAACAAACCUCCAACGUCAAAGCAGAACACCGGAGGAAGAGGAGGAGUCAUGAGGUGUCUUGAGCUUCCGCCGAGGCUGAUUUCGCCAGUAACUGUGAAUGAGCCAUCGCCGACCACAGUUCUUGAUGGUCCUUACGUUAUACCUCGCCGGUCUCUGUCAGUGAUAUGGAGAAGCGAAAAACAAUCAGAGUGUAGGUCCAUUUCUUCACGUUCCACGAACGGUAGCUGCUGCGAUGGUGGCGGCACAACGGUGAAGAUGAGUAGAGUUAGAAGAAAAGGAAGCCUUCUGAAUCUUUCUCAAUCCAAACCGGAUUUCUUGGCAAGGGUUUACAAAGGGUUUAAGCAAGUGAUUCCAUGGAGGCGUAGGCAAGAGAAUCUUCCAAGGAUGAGUUCUUCCAAUAUUUAG